GCCUCAUAAUAUUUUGUGAACAGUUCGUCAAUAUAUAUAAUAGGUAUAUGUUUAUAUGUAAUCAAUGUUAAAUGGUUUAAAAUAAUUGAACGGUGUCAAAAUGCAGAAGUGGUUUAUAAUCUCUACAUCUUGCCUGGGGCUGUGUUUGAUUUUGGAAUGUGCAUCAAAACCUUGUGAAAGACACAAUCUACCGCACAUUUUCUCCCGUCAACUACAAAAUGAAAUAGACAACAAAAUGAAAAGAAUGAUGGACCCAAAAGAACUUGAUAAGCCGCUUCUUGACGAGAACUCACGAGAAAAUGAAUUUGCAAAAAGGACGAUAGUGUUUCUGGAUGGAAAGAAAAUAAAGCCUACGAAUAUUAAUACAAAGCUGAAUAAAAUAAUGGAGUUUGAAAAUUAUGAGAAUCUUCUACCUAAGACGGAUAAUAAGCCGGAACAAACGGAAACUUGCGUGGUAUCUUCAGCGCCUGCACGAACUGCGUGGUGA